AUGGCUUCAAGACUUCCGCACAAGCAGCUCGCGUCCCUCUCAAAACGCACCACAAGCUACGUACCAGCAGCACACACGCUUCCCCGGCGAUACCUCUCCCAACGCUUACGCACCUUUGCGACGACCCCCAUCCGCCCCUCCGACCGCGCCGUCCAGUCCUUUCCCGACCCAGACCGGCCCGACCUCUUCUACCACCUCUUCACCCCGCCCACCCAGCUCUCGGCGACGACCCCCGUCUAUGCACUCUCGUUCCUGCCUUCCCCCCCACCGUCGCUCCUCUCCGCGGCCGUCGUCGGAUGGCUGCCCGCCGCGGGCGCGGGCGACGGGGCGGGGCUGAACGACUUCGUCGAGAACGACCGCUUCCGCGCCGCGCUGCACGCGGCGGUGCAGUCCGCGCUGCGCUACGGCGCGGACGAGGUGCAGAAGAACGGCGCGAUGCAGACGCAGGCCGGCUGGAUGCACAUCCACGACGGGCGCAACGUGCCUGCGCUCGGGCGCAUCGGGGACCCGGACGACAUCAUCGCGUCCGUGCGCGUCGAGGGCGGUGAGAUUCUCGCCGAGACGUACCAGCCCAUGCCGUCCUACCGGCUGUGCACCGCCGACGGAGUCGUGCAGCUCACCGAGGGGCUCGCGGCACGUCUGCAGGAGGUCUUGCAGGAGCGCGUUAGGGAUGAAGAGCUGCAGAGGGGAGAUUGA